AUGUCAACCAACAACCCCACCCCCUCCGACCGCCGCCGCGGCUCCCGCAAGUCAGCGCUCAAGGCCGCCGUCAAGCCAAAAUACAAACCCACUGUGCGCGCGCCCCCACCCCCGCGAAAUACGAAGGAAUCGCAAGAGAUCCUCGACCUCUUCCACCAUGCGUUCAACGCACUGUUCACGCCGCAGCUGCCGGAGCUGCUUCAGAAGGUGAAGACGCAUCUGUUCAACCGGGACUUCCUGGAGGCGUUCGGCGCCCAGGAGAACCUCGAGGCGUAUGUGGUGCGGUGGAGCCCGAGCAGGGCGCUGUGCUACCGCGAGGUGUUCUUGGAGUUGUCGCCGGCGCUCAGGAAGGUGUUUGAGCUCAAGGGAGAGGAGAAAGUCGAGAUUGUGUGUAUUGGUGGAGGUGCGGGUGCGGAGGUUGUGGCUGUCGCGGCGGCGGUGAAGAGCUUGAUGAGGGCCGAACUGGCAGCUGCGCCUGCGCCUGCAAUUGCAAAGGAAGAGGGAAGCAAGGCCGGGGAGAAUACGGGCGAUGAGGAAGUGAGCGAGGAGCCCGAAGAGGCUGGAGAGGGCCCAGACGAGGCGAAAGGCCUCGAAAAUGACCUCGAAUCAUUGACCCUCACCUCUGACUCCCCACCCGCCACAACCCCCACCCCCUCGCGCUCACUACAUAUGACCGCCAUCGACAUCGCCGACUGGACGAGCAUCACCACCACCCUCACCACAGCGCUCACCACCGCCCCCACCCCCACGCGCGCCGCCUACAUCCCGCCCACCCUCUACAGCGUCGACUUCCACCACCACGACAUCCUCACCCCGCGCGACACGCCGCUCAUCCCGCCCACCACCCGCCUCAUCACCCUCCUCUUCACCACCAAUGAGCUGUACACGCAGUCGCGCGCCGCAACGACAAACUUCUUCCUCUCCCUCAAGGAGCUGGUGCAGCCUGGGUGCUUGCUGCUGGUGCUGGAGAGCGCGGGGAGUUACUCGACGGUGUUGGUGAAUGGGAAGACGUUCCCGAUGGGGAUGCUGCUGGAUCAUACGUUGCUGGCAGGAGACGUGUGGGAGAAGGUGCUGGGCGAGGAUGCGAAGUGGUUUAGGCUGCCGGAGGGGCUGAGGUAUCCGAUUGAGUUGGAGAAUAUGAGGUUUAUGGUUAGGGUGUAUAGGAAGACUUGA